AUGUCAAAUGUAUUGAUUGAUGAUGAAUCAAGUCGUUUAAAACAUUUCAUCUGGGAAGAACUAGCCGAAAAUUUCUACGUCGCAGUCAUAUUUCGGUGUGUUUCAGGUCGUCGGUACGUUGUUCAACGACAUUUUGAACAGCAAUUACUCGAUCUAAAAUCAUCUUUUCUCCAGAAUAAAUGGCGUCAUUGUCUGUACGAUGUCAUUCACAAAUCUCACGCACCGAUUUACAUUACUUGCCAUGAAGUUGAAUUGAUGCAUGAAAUUUUUUCUUGGCACUUGAAUUACGCAAAAAACCAUCUAAAACUUCGAGAGAAUGUUGAUUAUAUCGUUAACUUUGAAGAUUUAUUCGAUAGUUUUCAAUCAUUAACUUUAAAUGAAGGUUAUCUCUCGACAACAUCGAUCAUCCAGCCAGUCACAACGUUAGACGCGGCAAGGAAAAACAUCGAACUAUGGAAAAGCUUACAAGGAAACGUAUCGCAAACUGAAUCGAAUGAAGAUGUAUAUAAAUCAUUGAACGGCAAACAACCAGUUUUAACAUCGUCUUCAACCGGUUGGCUACAACUAGAUUCCAAAAUUAUGCCCUUUAUUAAAAAACAAUGUGAUCAUUUACUUCUCGUUGAUUGUCUUCUCAAGGAGCAUGUCAUUAGUUCUUCUGAAGAUGUGUUUCUACGUCCUCUCUAUAUUCCAAUUCAAUCUGAAGAUAUCGAUCUAUUUCAUACUUUGAUUCGUCGAUCGUCAUUGACUGACCGUUCCUUACUAAUUACCCUUGAUCAUUUGGCCUUUCGUUUAAAGCGUUUGUUUUUCAUCAGAUUUCUUCCCACAGAAAAUCCGAAACAAUCCAUUGAUCAUCAAAAGAUAAUGUCAAACCAUGGUGGAUUGGUCACACUGAAUAAUCGUUCGCAACAGCGUCUACCAUUCAUUUACAUCAAUCAAAUGAAAUACAUUCCACAACUAAACCAUUUGAAUUUCACAUCAAUGUCAACAUUUUGUAUGGCCAACCCAUAUGAAUUAGAAUAUUUACGGUUAAUCUCUCUCUACGAUUAUAUCUCAUCGGAUGAAAAUAAAGAAACUUUAGAAAGUUUAUCUUCCACAAACUAUUUAACAUUAAUACCUAUCAAACCAGCGGAUGAAUAUCAAAUUCAACUGAGUAUAUCGUUACAAGAUUUCCAUUGUCAUGAAUAUGAAAGACGAACUCAACAAGAGAAAAAUCUCAAGUUUUACGAUAAUGAUGGAUGGUGGCAGCCUCCACUUUCGUCAUCAACAACGCGACAAAAACGAACUUUCUCCCAUUUCAAAUUGCAGCGGCCGAUCUUUUUUUAA